GGAGGAGGAGGAGGAGGAGAGGCGGUUCCUGACCCCAAUAAAGAUGAAGCAACAUCAGAGAAGAAACAGUCUGCUGAUAAAGCCAAACAAGAAACAAGUUCAGAAGCUAAACAAGAUUUUGGUGAGCGUCUAGUUAGAAUGUUCAAGAAUCCUCCAGCUUUGACGGUCCAGCUAGGGGACAGCGAGUCUGAAGAAGAUGAGAAACAAUUACAUGAGAGUUCGAGUGUUGAUUCUGAGUCGUUAUCCAGCAGCGACAGUCGCAAUGAGAACCCUGACAAGGAAAAGGGUGGAUUUUUCAACAAGAUGUUCAAAAACAAAACUGCCGAAGAGGAGCAGGCGCCUCUACGCCGUGACCUGUCGGACAGCAGCAACAGUUUGUCCGAGAAGAGCGCCUCUGAGGAUAAAGGACGAUUUUUCAGCGCCAUCCUCGGGAGGAAGUCACCCAAGCUUCCGAAAGAGCCUGAGCAGGAUUCAGAGGAGGCGCUUUCUACUAACUUGGACAGCCUGUCGGAGAACAAGGACAAGACUCUGCAGGAGAAGAAGUUGUCCGCCAGCAGUGAGAGUUUGUCUGAAGGCAAAGCGGAGAACGAUCGAGGUCUGUUCGGCGGCUUCUUUAAAAAGACCCCGAAAAGAGAGAAAGGAGAGCGGGCAGACUCACCGGACGAGGAGGAGGACAAGGAGACGCUGGCGGCGGGUGCUGAUGAUCUAGUCGAGAGGAACGCCACCAAGGACAAAAACUAUUUCAGCAGCAAACUUUUCAAGAAGCCCCAGAAGCCAGCAGAAGGCGCUGCAACAGACAAGGAAGCAAACCUGAACACUGAAACUCCAAAAUCUGGAAGCUCUGAAAACUUGUCGGAAACUGUUCCCAAGGAGAACGAUCGAGGUCUGUUCGGCGGCUUCUUUAAAAAGACCCCGAAAAGAGAGAAAGGAGAGCGGGCAGACUCACCGGACGAGGAGAAGGGCGAGGAGACGCUGGCGGCGGGUGUUGAUGAUCUAGUCGAGAGGAACGCCACCAAGGACAAAAACUAUUUCAACAGCAAACUUUUCAAGAAGCCCCAGAAGCCAGCAGAAGGCGCUGCAGCAGACAAGGAAGCAAACCUGAACACUGAAACUCCAAAAUCUGGAAGCUCUGAAAACUUGUCAGAAACUGUUCCCAAGGAGAAAGAUCAAAGUCUGUUUGGGGUCUUCCUCAAAAAGACCCCCAAAGGAGAGAAAGGAGAGCGGGCAGACUCACUGGACGAGGAGGAGGACAAGGAGACGCUGGCGGCGGGUGUUGAUGAUCUAGUCGAGAGGAACGCCACCAAGGACAAAAACUAUUUCAACAGCAAACUUUUCAAGAAGCCCCAGAAGCCAGCAGAAGGCGCUGCAGCAGACAAGGAAGCAAACCUGAACACUGAAACUCCAAAAUCUGGAAGCUCUGAAAACUUGUCAGAAACUGUUCCCAAGGAGAAAGAUCGAAGUCUGUUUGGGGUCUUCCUCAAAAAGACCCCCAAAGGAGAGAAAGGAGAGCGGGCAGACUCACUGGACGAGGAGAAGGGCGAGGAGACGCUGGCGGCGGGUGUUGAUGAUCUAGUCGAGAGGAACGCCACCAAGGUGACUGAGCAAAGCCUUCAAGGUUGGUUGACUUGAUAGUAGUGCAUUCACUGACUCCAAUAUUUCUUUUCAGGACAAAAACUAUUUCAACAGCAAAC